CUGUAUUACAAAACUUUGAUCCUGCUUUCAACGCUAGAUUGGAAGUCUCACGAGGAUCGCGGACUACGCAAAAUCGUAGCUGGAGUCGGACCUACGGCCCUUCGAUUCUAGUCCCAAGAGACGCCGUAGCUUGUCAAAUUAGAGGCGGACGCAUAGAGCCUUGACACGUAUAGAUUAUCAAGCCCGAGGGUAUUAUUGUUAAAGGUUGGAACAGUCAUCCAGGCUCAUAUUUGAACGCGUCGUCUCCGUAUAAAUGUCUCCGUAUUCAAUGCCUUAGUACCCAACUACCUCUCGACCAUGUCUGACACCUCUAGUCCAUCCUCAUCCAAGAACCAUCUACCCAAGGGAAGCGCAUGCAUGAAUUGCAGGCGUCGUAAGAUAAAAUGCGACGGGAUGAAGCCUGUGUGCGGUCCUUGCUCGUCAUCAGAUGCAUUUCACGAUUGUGAAUACGUCGAGAGAGGCGGUAGCAGUAUGACACAAGCUCUAGAAGCCCAGAUUGCAAUCCUUGAAAGCCGUAUUCAAGAGCUAGAGCAAACAGGUCCGAUGAAUCGUCUGGGAAAUAUCAACCAAUCUAAUCAAAGCACUCGUCUAGAUUUCUCUCAGUUCCAUGGCUCUCCAUCUUCAUCCACUUCAUUUUCGUUUCAGCUGCAUGAAAUCAUCCUACGGUCCUUCUUACAACGCUGUUCGGAAAUCGGCUUUUUCCUCGAUCAGACUCGCUUUUCAGAUUCUGCAACGCUUCCAAACGUUAUGAAACCCUCCGCAGCCCUUCUUAGUACAGCAUACCUAUGGGGAAUUCACCUCUCCGAUUCGAGUGAGAUUUUAGCCUAUGAAGAGGUGUUUCUUGCCCGUGCCCUUCAAAGUACCGCUCAAGAACUUUCCAGCAGUCAUCCUCAGCGGAUCAUACACUGUAUCCAAGCAGAAGUUUUGUUGGCACACUAUUUCUUCCGUAAGGCAAGAAUGUUGGAAGGAAGGUACCAUACCUCCUCAGCCGUUUCAUUGGUGUUGAGUGCACGCCUGCACAAAAUCCGGUCUAUCGAGGGAAGUGGACCGUCGGUACUCCCUCCCCCAACUGAUCUUGUAGAAGAGAGUGAAAGAAUAAAAGCCUUCUGGACGGUAUUCAUUUUGGAUAACUGCUGGACGACAGCAGAUAACUCCCCAUCUAACUUCUCGAAUACUUCUCCUGAUAGUAGGAUAGACGUUCCCUGGCCACUGGAUACUCAGAUUCAAUUUCCUCGUGACUAUCGAACGAGCCAUACCCUUCAGAAGUUUCUAGCUAACCAAAACGAGGAUCACGGAACUUCGGCUUUAGCGUUACAUGCGAAAGCUUCGGUACUAUUUGAGCAAGCAUCUCGCAUUGGACCGCGCUUCCGAUCUGGGAUGUCGCAACAAGAAGCUUCUCGUUUCUUUGCUUCUUUCACCUCAGUGGAACGUGUAAUCCAGAAUUUUAUUGAGACUCUAUCAUCAGUCCAAGCCACGCUAGCACCUGCUGCCCCUUCUAUUUCACUCAUGAUACACACCUUGGCUCAUGUUUCGAUGAUACAACUUCAUGCUCCGUUUAUCUCACGAAAUCCGGCUUCUCGCGGCCGAGUCUUGUCCCAUUCUCGUGCCGCCAUUCAGAUUCUAAGCAAUAUCGAUGUAUUCAGCCCGCCAGUUCUGGAUUCUUUUAUUGGCGUGCUAUGGGGCAUAGUAGGCGAGAUAUUGAUAAGAGAAGGGUCUAUGCCUGCGCCGGAACGGAUGAGACUUUUAGGUGAAAUUAUGGCUUCAAUGAGCGCAUUAACAACUCAAUCUCCUUUUAUAAAUGCUCAACUGGAUAAAAUUCGUCAUUUAUACGCUGGAACAGUGAAUCAGUAAUGAAUCUUGGAAUAUACCGGAUC